CAUAUGUCCCUUUAGUUCUUCUUUCUCUUCACAUGGUGUGUGUGGUCUGUAAUCUGAUUUAGUCAGCCUGCAUCUCUCAGAAAGGAAAGACACAGAGCACAAAGCAAGUGUUCUGCUGCCGAAGUGGAAUCUAAAGUGUCCAGUGUUUAACUGCAGCUUGAGAAGCGCAUCGGCCUGGUGACCUUCUCCUCCUGAAGACGGCCGCGCGAGGCUGUUUCAAUACGAGCAAAUCAACUCACAGUAGAAUUACAGUAGCUUAUUUAGGUGCAUCAGAAUAAGUGCACGUUAAUCACCACCUGUGCUUCCACACAACAUGGCUUACAUCGUCAAUCAGCCGGCACCUCAACCUAUGUACAUUGAACAAGCUCAGCCUACUAUGUACAUUGAACAAGCUCAGCCUACUAUGUACAUUGAACAAGCUCAGCCUACUAUGUACAUUGAACAAGCUCCGCCUCCUGUGAUUGUCCAGGCAGCGCCUCAACCACCUGUAGCAGUGGUCCAGGCUCCUGGUCCUGUGGUGAUCCAGUCUCCUAUGAAAUCUGUACCCGCAAACAUACGGUGUGGUUUCUGCCAGCAGCAGAUUGUCACAGUGACUCGACCCGUCAAUGGCCUUCUCACCUGGGCGGUUUUUGGAGGACUCUUUCUGUUCUUUGUUUGGCCGUUCUGCUUGAUUCCUUUUUGUGUCAAGUCCUGCAAGGACAUCGAACACACCUGCCCCUACUGCAAGAACGUCAUCCACGUGUACAAACGGAUGUGAGACGUCUCACGCAGGAGAACCCGGGGAACCUGGAGCGCACCAUAGACCUAAAUGAAGGCUGUAGAAGAAUGAAUGAUCUUGUUUUUUUUUUCUUUCUUCUUAAUAUGUCAUUAAGAAUGUGCAAAAUGAUUAGUUACAUACAAAGAAGUAUGUGUUUAUGUAUUCUUAUUAUCUUAUUAUGUAUUCCUGCCUCUGCUUCUAGAGUUAUUGAAAUCUUUGCCGUUCACAUGUUCCCGUUUGUGAGAAGUGUUCAUAUUUUAAAGCGAAUUUCUCCGUAAGCCUCGCAAUAAUCGGACCACUGACAUUAUCGAACAGCUGUUCGGAAGAAAUGAGCGAAACGGUGGAACAUCUGCAAAGAUGGUGUUCAGGAAAAAGGUAGAAAAUUUCAAUUGAAAUUUAAAUCGCUGCCUAUGCGGUCAUCCAGGAUGCUUCAGUGAUCACAUGAUCGUUUACGGCAGGGGUCGGGAACGUUUUUUUUUUUGCUUUCCUCCCAACGAAGCAAUACCUUCUGGGCAAAUCAGACACAACAGAGCACCAGAGCUUUCAAUAAAAGUUUCACAUGUUUCAGUCCCGUCUCUACAGACAUGAAUUCUUUCUUUUCGCCGUCUCCACAAACUAGCUAGGUAGCUAGGUAGAGGUUACCAUAGAAACGUAAGUGGUUUGCCGUCGAUCGUUGUCGUGACACUUGCGUACAGCGCCGCACGCGUGCACACAUUGAAUUAUAGUAUUGUAAACGGACUUUUCAUUAACUUCGGUAGUCUGUACAGAGGAAUCGUAAUUGACUUUGCGUUUGUUUGCUGCAGGAAACUUAUCUUUAAAAACACAUAUCAUCGGUAUCAUCUCAUAUAAAAUCAUAUCAUAUGAUUUUAUAUAUCAUUGAAAUUAUUUAAAUACCAAAAUUCAUUCAUUCAUUUAAAUUCCAAAAUCAUAUGAUAUGAUUUGAUAUGACAUGAUAGCAUUUCAUGUGAUUUUUGAUAUUUAAAUGGCCUCUUUGCACUAUAAUCUAUUAAGUAAGUUUUUCCCCAAAAUGAGCUGAUUUAUGUUCCCUGUUUGGUGUUAUGAUUCUGAAGCUAGCCCGUAUGAAGCUGUUAUUAUUAACAUAAACCAGAAAUUCUAUCAGCUACUCAUCCCUGUGUUUAUCCCUGUUGGAAGUUGGAACACAAUUGUCCAAGGAUGUAUGUUUUUCCACGCAAUCGAACCAUAGUAAUGGAGCAUCGAGCUUCUAAAUGGACGGAAAAGCACCGAGCGACCAUAAAACUAGUCCGGCGUCGUACGUAUUCCAGCUUUCCGAAGCCUUCCGUGAGGAAUCGACCGAAACGUAACGUGAUCAUAUCGAUCUGCUUUAAUUGUCCCGAGAGAGUUUAUAAGAGAAAGUGUUGUAACGAUGUCUGAUGCGUGACUGAAUCGUUUGUCUGAGUCGGUUCAUUUCGAUGAAUCGGAGAAUCCCGCUGAUAAAAACCAGUCCGAAUGAUUCAUUCAGGAAUAGAACCGAUUCGAUUCUCGAGUUCAACUCACUGAUUUAAGGAUCCUGUCGCUGAGUACAGUGGUGUUAAUUACUUGUACUGUAUAUAUAUAGUUAUUUGUAUUUAAUUACAAAUGCCUAAUUUUAGUUAUUUUAAUAAACUGUUCACAUUUA